CACUGUGUUGCCCAGGCUGGAAUGCAGUCAUGUGAUCUCGGCUCACUGCAACCUCCACCUCCCAGGUUCAAGUGAUUGUCCUGCCUCAGCCUCCUGAGUAGCUGGAACUACAGGCAUGUGCCACCGCACCUGGCUAAUUUUUGUAUUAUUAGUAGACGCGGGAUUUCACCAUAUUGGCCAGGCUGGUCUCGAACUCCUGACCUCGUGAUCUGCCCGCCUCAGCCUCCCAAAGCGCUGGGACUACAGACGUGAGCCACCACGCCCAGCAUAGUUUUAUCAUUUUUAGAAUCUUUAUUCCUAUCAUUGCUAUGGCUGUAGUUUUCAAUUCCUAUAUCAUCUCUUUCAUAAAGACAUAUAGCUUGUUAUUUAAUCAUAGGGAGGCAGUAUGAGUGUGAUAUUUAAGGACUGAAACACUACAACCAGACUCUUUGGGUUCAAAUUCCAGUUCUAUAACUUAUCAGUUCUGUAUCUUUGGCAGCUUACUUAACCCCGCUGUGCCUUAGUUUUCUUAUCUGAAGUAGAGACAAAAUAGUACUUGCUUCAAGUCCUUCCCAGGGUUGUUGUGAGCAUAGAAUGAGUUAUUACAUGUUAAUCACUAAGAAGAAUGCUUUUUAUGAAAUAUAAAGUAAGCUAUUACAGUAUAUUGAAAUGCUAUUGUGAAAUCAGAUUUCUGUUUUUAGAGAAGUUCUGAAAUAAUGUUUCUUUUCACUAAUUGUCCUAGUUUCCUAAUGGAAGUUGGCUUUCUAGAAAGUAACAAAUAAUUGAUACAAGAUUAUGAUGGUGUUAAUGAGUUUUUAAAAUAGUAUUCUAACCAGAAUAUGAACACUGUUCUAAUUUAAGUGACAUAAUAUUGUUCAAAAAUGUCUUCGUGUAGAUUGUUUUAACAGCUCUUUUGAGCUCUAAUUGAAAUACAGUAAACUGUAUAUAAUUAAAGUAUACAAUUUGAUUAGUUUUGAUGAAUAUAUAUACACUCACCUAUGAAACCACCACAACUGAAACAGUAAGUAUAUCCAUUACCUCCAAAAGUUUCGUCAUGUCUGUCAGUGAUCCUUCCUUCCCACUUCUCCCUGCCUCAUUACAAGGCACUGCUGAUAUUUUCUGUCACUCUAUAUUUGUUUAUAAUUUCUCGAGCAAGCUUGUCCAGUCUGCUGCCUGUGGGCCUCAUAUAGCCCAGGAUGGCUUUGACUGCAGCCCAAUGCAAAUUAGUAAACUUUCUUAAAACAUUAUGAGAUUUUUUUGCAAUUUUUUUAGGCUUAUCAGCUCUGGUUAGUGUUAGUGUAUUUUAUGUGUAGCCCAAGACAAUUCUUUUUCCAGUGUGGCCCAGGGAAGCCAAAAGAUUGGACACCCCUGUUCUAGAGCUUAAAAAAUACUAUAUAUGGAAUCAUACAGUGUAUAUUUUUUUGGUGGUCUGACUCUUUUCAUUCAGUAUAAUUAUUCUGAGAUAUACUCAUGCUAUUACUUGUAACAAUAGUUCAUUCCUUUUUAUUGCUGAGUAGUAGUCUGUUGUAUUUAUAUACUACAAUUUGUUUAUCCACUCACCUGUUGAUAUACAUUUGUGUUGUUUCCAGUUUGGAGCUAUUAAAUAAAAAUAAAGCUGCUAUUCAAAUACAAGUCUUUUAUUUAUUUAUUUCAAUUUUUUUUUGAGACGGAGUCCUGCUCUGUCACCAGGCUGAAGUGCAGUAGCUCAAUCUCAGCUCACUGCAACCUCCACGUCCUGCAUUCAAGGUUUUGAUUCCCACCAUGGCCAUCACCCAGUUUCGGUUAUUUAAAUUUUGUACCUGCCUAGCAACCGUAUUCUCAUUCCUAAAGAGAUUAAUAUGCAGAUCUGGCAGAGGACGGAAAUUAAGUGGAGACCAAAUAACUUUGCCAACUACAGUUGAUUAUUCAUCAGUUCCUAAGCAGACAGAUGUUGAAGAGUGGACUUCCUGGGAUGAAGAUGCACCCACCAGUGUAAAGAUCGAAGGAGGGAAUGGGAAUGUGGCAACACAACAAAAUUCUUUGGAACAACUGGAACCUGACUAUUUUAAGGACAUGACACCAACUAUUAGGAAAACUCAGAAAAUUGUUAUUAAGAAGAGAGAACCAUUGAAUUUUGGCAUCCCAGAUGGGAGCACAGGUUUCUCUAGUAGAUUAGCAGCUACACAAGAUCUGCCUUUUAUUCAUCAGUCUUCUGAAUUAGGUGACUUAGAUACCUGGCAGGAAAAUACCAAUGCAUGGGAAGAAGAAGAAGAUGCAGCCUGGCAAGCAGAAGAAGUUCUGAGACAGCAGAAACUAGCAGACAGAGAAAAGAGAGCAGCCGAACAACAAAGGAAGAAAAUGGAAAAGGAAGCACAACGGCUAAUGAAGAAGGAACAAAACAAAAUUGGUGUGAAACUUUCAUAACACAUGUUCUUCAAAUUUUAUCAUGCCAGUAGGAGAAAUCUCAGCUCCACAACCCAAGCAACAUUUGUAUGGAUUUAAGAGUAUUUUAAGAAUACACACUGCUUGAUUUUAAUACAUUGAUCAGGCCAUCCAGGACACCGCGAUUCUCCCAAAGUACCUUGAACUCUUAGUGAUUGAGACUCAAAAAAACAAAAAAGACUUGAGACAAUGUUUUCUUCAACAUGCUCCAAAUAUAAGACAUUUGUUUGCUGUACAGAAAGUAUCACAAAUGGAAUAUAUCAGUACCUCUCAAGCUAGUGUUUCUAGCUAAAUAAAUGGGUGUAUAUAAUUUUAUGGUGGAAAAGAACUGUACUGUCUGUUAUGAUUUCCUUCAAUGUGCAUAAUGAUAAAAUAAAUAAUUUUAAUAUUCUUUUGUUUCCAUGGUUACCUGACCUAAAUUAGAUAAAUUGUAGGGCUUUAGCUUUCUUAUUUUUGUCAAAAGUUGGUGUUGACAUAUAUUCCCUCUAAUUUGAACUGGUAUUGUUUACGUUUGAUACAACAUUAAGGAAUUUGAUGAUUUUCAUUUCAUGAAAAUGACAUUAAAUGCAAUAAUUUUACUUAUAAA